CUUUUGUCGUACAGAUUCUACGACGAAUGCAAAAGGAGGUAUAACAUCAAGUUAUGGAAAACAUUCACAGACUGCUUCAACUGUUUGCCAGUUGCCGCGAUAGUUGACGAGAAGAUAUUCUGCUGUCAUGGCGGUCUAUCUCCAGAUCUGCAGGCGAUGGAGCAGAUACGGCGGAUCAUGCGACCAACCGACGUGCCCGACCAGGGCCUGCUCUGCGACCUGCUGUGGUCCGACCCCGACAAGGACACCGCCGGCUGGGGCGAGAACGACCGCGGUGUUAGCUUUACCUUCGGAACUGAGGUGGUCGGCAAGUUCUUGUCGAAGCACGAGUUCGACUUGAUUUGCCGCGCGCACCAGGUCGUCGAGGACGGCUACGAGUUCUUCGCCAAGCGGCAGCUCGUCACGCUCUUCUCUGCGCCCAACUACUGCGGCGAGUUUGACAACGCCGGAGCCCUUAUGUCAGUGGACGAGACGUUAAUGUGCUCGUUCCAAAUCCUAAAGCCGGCGGACAAGCGCAAGCUGUACUCGGGCCUCAAUAUGGGCCGCCCCAACACGCCGCCGCGUGCGCAGCCCAAGAACAAAAAGAAAGAUAUAUGAAGCCGUCACACGCUAAGUUAACGCCCCGCGCCGCCGCCCGCCGCCGCCUCGCAUGGACCCCCACUACCAUCCACCUUACUCUUAUACAUUACGUACACCAAAAGGGACUCUAUAACAACAAAUUCAUUUCACAAUCUCCUAAAACUAAUAUCCAUUGCGAGUUUCGUUGCUCUAUUCAUUUAACUGGACUCGUAAUGGAUAUCGAAAUUCCUGGUUGGUGCGAAUAUUUUAUAAUGUAAGGACUUUGGAUUAGGAUAACUUUAUUUGAAAUAUAAAUCAUUCGUUUUGUCAAUAAGAUUAUAAAUAGCAUUGUAUUACGAAAUACUUGCGUUUAUUCCUGUAACAGGUGUUUUCACACCAAUAUUGAAGAAAUCGAGUCCCUUUUACUUUUAAAAUGGUUUAAUGGCGUAAUCCUGUGUUAUAAGUUAAGCGAUAGCUUUCUAGCUCUCUUUAAGGUUUACAUUGAAUGUUAAUCAACACAUGCACAGCGAGAUGUUUCAUUAUAAAUGAUAUUACUUUGUUUAAAGUAAUAAAGUUUACAAAUGUAUCUUCGAACAUCAAUUUUACACAAUUUGACUCCAUGGAAUGCUGUCUUCCUGUUUGCAAAGGUGUAAACGUCUCGCUGUUCAUACCGUUGUCCUCCUCGCGCGUCCAACACUUGAUCAAUUGCUGGGCGAUUGUGUCCGCGGACGAAUACGUUUAGAUAUUUAUCUUUGACGUUGUUUAAAAUGUGACUGAUCAAUAUUUUACAAUCGUUGUAAUGUGACCCCAUAUAGAUACAAUUCUGAUCAUGUUUGUUGAUUGUAAAAUAUUAAUCCGUCAUGGUAACUCCUCCAACGUUUUAAACAUUCUCCAUUUUGAUAGAUAUCAAAUUUUAGAAAGCUGCCAAUGUGUUUAUAAUGAUUGUUUGUUUAUGUAAGGCGGUCUAGUUGUCGGUUCUGGGACUCUCUGUGGGCGUCGUAGUGUCACAUGUGGACGGAUGCACUUGUAUGCUGCGUAAUGAUGUCUGUGCAAAUGCGUGUAUGUAUGAGUGGCUCCCUGUAUGCUUGUGUCGUAUUCAAUAUCCAACAACAUGUAAGUAAGUUAUGCGCGAAUACAACUUCGGCGACUGAUCUCGCCUGCGAUUUACUCGUGCGACUUUUGUCGCACCCUUUUUUUAUUGAGAUUAUGUCAGUGUCGCAUGGUGGCGUCCGUCUGUCAAAGUUGUCGCACUAAAUUAAAUGAUGACAAGAAUAAUUCAUUGAUAAAAAUAUUGGAAGUAUGGUUAAGUAGUAAGCAUAAAUAUCGUAACGAAGCCGUAGUAUGUUGCUAAUAAAUUAUGAACAAAGCGCCCGCCAUGUUGCACCCACUUGGUUAUAAGUUGCCAAGUACGAUGCUAGAACUGUUUGACACGUCUUCCUUAUGUUAGAUACACUACAAUAUUGUAUACGUCCCGUGCUUAUCGACAUAAUACGUACAUUCCCAGUGGAAAUAACUUUGUUCUAGAAUAUGCGUAUUAGUUCGCUUAAGGUAAUUUACAUUUUUGUAGCAAUAAGUUUAAGUAGCGAUUACUAAACCCCAAUAAAUGAUCCAUAAAUAUAUUUGCCAAGCAUUUACAGAAUAUAGUUUAAUAUACAUAGGGUUUCAAUAACUUAAGCAUUUAAGUUUGAGCCAAGUGGUCAAUAUGUGGGCGUGUUAGUUAUAAAAGGUAACGCCGUCCCCUCUGGUCGGCUGAUAGAACUAGCAUUGCUUUUACACCCGACGUCUUAUGCGAUCGUAGUUCGCACUAAACCUCACGCAAAUGUGAUGGUCGCUUAUACUGUUUAGAGUACCUGAGCGGGUUUAACCCUUGAUUCUUUAUAACGUGGUGGCGAUGAUGGUAAAAGUUAAUUAAAAUACUCAAACAACUUGUAGAAUUAUAUUCAAUAUACAUUUGAAUUACUAUGGUUUUUAAAGAAAAAUGAACUUGAAUUGAAGAAUCAGCGGUUAAAAGCAUCAGUGUUGCCAGACUCCACCGAUAGUUACCAUACGUAAAUAUGAGAAGGUCGCAUAAGACUCGUGGGUAGCGAUAACUGAAGUUUUUUUUUAUUAUAAUUAUUUAAUGCUAUUGAAUGUGUUAGACUGAUACCCGCGGCUGAUUGCUGAUCAAAUUGAAUCAAUGAUCUAUGUAUGAAAAGAAUUGUAUAUUAAUUUCUUUAAUAAAAUACUUCUGAAA